AUUGGCUGACGGCGCUGCCCUCUCCCGAGCGCCGUCGAAGGAGAGCAGCGAGGAGGAUGGGCGUCCCUGCCAGCCUCUCUUAGGACCGAGAAUUUCCCACCACGCAACAGGGCGAUUCGCUUAUCUCACGUCGUGUCAGAUACCAUGGCGAUGUCUUCCAAGAAGAUAACAUAUACCAGUGAUUUUAAGUUAAAAGUUCUUGAUUACUAUUUCAAAAAUGGAGGUGAUGAUAAUUUUGGACUCAAAAAGAAAACUGCUCAACACUUCAACAUCGACAAGAAGACUAUCAGCAGAAUGCUAAACAACCCAGACAUGGUGAAAAGGGCACGGAAACUCCUCGCACGCAAGGUUACAACCACUCCCAAGAAUACCCCCACCACACGCCAGGGGGCAGCCAAAACCUCUGCCAAGGCCACCAAAGUUGCUGCGGCUAAAGUGAGUGUUGCCAACACCUCGGGGAAGGUCUCUGCAUCCAGCCAUACCAGUGCCUCAAACAACAACAACAGCAACAGCAGCAGCAGUAGUUACAAAGCAUCUACCUCAUCUGCGAGCAGUACAAAGCAUGCGGGUGGCAGCAGCGGGAGCAAUCAGGGCAACAGUAGCUCGCAGCCCUCAGCAAAGUCCGCAGCUUCAAAGACUAAGUGUGGGAAUCAGGAAGGAGACAAUGGAAUACAAGUGUUUGACCUGCCAGAGGAUCCUGACUACUCCAUUCUCAAGAAGUCCAUCAAUGCCUCAGCAAAUGGAGUUGCCAACCUGGCCAAACUUCUCGUCACAGGCACGAAAGAGGUACAAAACUUGAUCCUGAAUGAGUGCGAUGUGAUCCUAGAGUGCAAAGUGUGCAACAAUCUCUUCAGAUCGGUAGUGAAUUUCCUCGCUCACAAAAGAAUAUACUGCCAAGAAGAGUAUGCAGAUGUCAGGUCACUGUUUCACAAAGAUAAUGUACAGGGCAUUACUAGCCACUCAAGAACCGUAGUUGUAGAGCCAGAACCUCCUCCGGACACCCCACAGCACCUCCAACCCGACCCUUCCACAUCAGCAUCAAAUACAUUGACAGUGCCGGUUAGAUCUGGUGCACAAAGAAGUGAGAGACGGUCGGGUAUUGACUCCAUAGCGAGGAGGCUGGCCAACAAGAGGAAACAACAUAGUCUCUCCUCGUCAACGUAUACUGGGUCUUCAGAUUAUUACCAGAGAAUAAGCGAAAUCAACAACAAGCGAGACAAGCUCAGCCGAGACUGCUCAGUUGUGUUGGAAGACAUAGGGGGUGUUGCCAAUGCAAUGUAUCAAACGUAUGUACCGCCAUCCAAACCUUCUCCAGUAUCCACAAUCAGGAAUUUAAUCGAUGAGGUAUCGGAACACGAAAAGGGGCUAACAGUUGCUAUCAACGAAAAUGGGGAAAUUAUGAAGACAGCAGCUGGGAAUGUUACAAAUAUGGAAGUGGAGCAAACUCCAAGCAAUGCAGAUGCAUCCAAAGAAAUCAUUUGUAGAUUAUGCAAUACAAGAUUUGCUACCCAGAAAACGUUAAGUGUCCACCAACGAACGCAGCAUGGCUAUGAAAGAAAUAUAUAUUGCUGCCCCAUCUGUCAAACUACCUUCCUCAACAUCUUGUCUGUUGUCAAGCAUUUACAAAAAGUUCACAAGAAAACGAAAACUCAAAUAGAGAGAUUAAGAAAAGUCAUAAAGAAGAAUAUGUACAAGAAAAUGGUAUACCAAAGAGAUGAGUUCAAAGACCAAGAGGACCUUGAUAGGUCAAAUGACAAAGCAGAGCUCCUGCGAAGAUGGAAGUUGAUAGUAAUCCUCAGAAGGGGAACAGCACGAACACCACGCCCAAGAAUUCUCCCGUCAAAUCCACACUGAAAGGGUCGAGGUCCAAAGAGGGAGUGCGUUGGAUGUGUAAUGUGUGCCUCAAGAAAUUCAUUUCACGGCCGGCAAGUUUGGCUCAUGUGGCCACACACAUCAUCUGCAACUUUGAGCCCAAGGCAGUUUUGAUCCAUGUAGAUAGAGAUGGACAGAUCCUGCCUAACCAGGUCACAGGAUUAGAAACACUGGAAAGAAAUCAGCACAGCAGGAUAAGAAGGAAUAGCUUUGAAGAUGAUAAUUAAAGUGCAUUUUAGUAAUAAGUCACAAUUCCGAAAGGAGGUGAAGACUGUGGAGCAGAAUCCCAUAGUAGGUAGAAGAAAAAAUAGAAAAGGUGUUGCAAGAAAGAUAAAACCAGAAAGUGUAGUAUAUGAGACAAAAAAUGAGACGCUGUUGAGACUACAAGGUGCUUCAUGUAGUUCCAGUGAGGAUGAAAAAGAAGUUCGAAAAAUUCAUUCAUCCAAGAUUAUUUCUCCGGUAAAAAUAGAAAAGGUAGAUAGCUCACAUGUAUCCUCUUAUUCUAAAGUGAAGAAACAGGAGAAAAGUAAUACUAGUGAAGGUAAAAAAAUAAAAACAGUUACAAGCAGCAAAGAGAACAAGACAAUGAAUAUAAAACAGGGGAAAGUGGUGCAAAACCAGUACUUAUCCAAAAGAGAACUUGCCAGGAAAAAUAAAUCAAAGGAAAUUUCACCGAAAACAGACUUGACAGUCCAGCCAUCAACUUCCACACAUGGAGGCUCAGCGACAAACAGUUCUGCGAAGAAAUCCGAGCUCAAAAGUACAGAUUACUUAAGAAACCAAAGUAGUCCUGUACGAGCAAGCUGGAAAGAUCAUUCUGAGGAGGAAGUACACAAGGUAGCAACGCAACUCCGACUCUUUGAGGAAGACUGGAGCAGGAGUGAGUCCUCAACCUCCGAUAGUGAGGGUGAGGAGGACCAGUUGGAGGAGAGAAAUUCCGAUGAGGGAGGUGAGAACAGUGAGCCAGAACAAGGGAGCAGCUUGGAGAUUGAUGUAGUACCAAGCAUGAGGGCAAAAAGUAAAUGUACUUAUAAAGUAAAAAACAUAGACAACCUACUAGAGAGGAGUCAGGAUGCUAUUGAUAUAAUAUGUGAAAAGAAAUACCUAGCAGAAUCAAGAUUAAACAGAGAGAAGAAGGUGAUCCCUGUUCCUUCUUUGGAGGAAACUUGUUUACCUGGACCAGGAAAUGCCAGUGAGAAUCAAGGCAAGGGACGUGUCAGUUCUCCUACACAGGACGAAGAGGAGGUGAUGCCAAGAUUGACUGCCAUUUGGGCAAAUGAGGAGGACAGCGCAUCUGAAAAAGACAUUUUAAGUAAAGGAGAAAGUAAGGAGACUGGGGUUCCUUCACACUCCUCGAGUCCACCAGAGACAAAAGAAUUCACCUUUUACAGUGGUUGAAGAAGUGCACAAAAAAAUGGUAACAAAGCCUGGAUGUCAACCAGACAGGGAAGAAGAGAUUACAAACAAAGACAAAAUUACCAUCAAGGAAGAAAUUACGCUCAAGGAAGAGCCCUUAACUGAGGAAGAUCAGGUGCCGUUGUUUCACGUCAGAGUAAUGGUUUCAGAAGAGGACAUCAAAAAGGAAGAUGUAUCAGAAAGUCCAAAGAAAACAAAAGCAGGGACAGACAUGGAAACAGUUGUGAUAAGUGAUGAUGCAGAUGUUGCUGAAAGUCCCAUGGCAAGUUCUGGUGGUUGGAGUCUCCUGGGUUUUGAUUUACCAGUUCAAAAGCAGAUACAACAAAAUUGGCUUCAGCAUCUGUUCUGCAGUCCAAAACUCAUAAUUUAUGUGAAAAGUCAGACAGAACAUCCAAACCACAAACUGAGACACCAAAAGUGAAAGAUGAUAUCUCUUCCCAAGUCAAAGCACCUGAAAUGUCUGGGAAAUCUGAGAAAAUAGCAGUUUCUACACCCACUGACAGGAAACCUUUCAAGACAGUGACCUUAGUGAGUCCAAAGCAUAUUUCAGCUUCAGGUUCCAGGUCAAAUGUACCAUUUUUCACCAAGUGUAGAAACACUUUUCCAUCUUCAAAGACAAGUGAGAGUGAAGUAGCCAGUGCAAGCCAAGAAGUGUGUGCAGCUUCAGUUAGUUUACCAAGCACUUCUACAGAAUUAACUAGUCCAUUAAUAGCAUCAAACAGUCAGACGAAGCCCUGCCCUGCACCUGCAAUCAGUCCUGUUUUAGCUAAAAACCCUGAAAUAGAUAAAGUUUGUAAACCUCGUGAAACUUGCGUGACAUCAACCAAACCCUCUAAGUCCCAUCAAGAUGGGAGUAAAAGGGAGAGUAAAACCAAGUUGGCAGGUGAAUCUCCCUACACUAAGAUUGACUUAGCAUCUAGGGAACAAAUAAAAGUUUUUUCAGGGUGCCCACAGCAGCUCAAAAUGCAAAAGGAUGCCACAUCUCCGACAUCAUCUUGUGCCAUUGCCCAUUCAACCCUACAAACCCAUGUCACCUCAACCCCCAUACAAGUAACUUUAGCCAGUGCAGCUAGUGGAUGGGAAAAGAAAUCUGAUCAAGCCCCAAUAACACAACCAGUUAGUCCAUUGAUCAUUGAACAGUUGUCAGAGAAGGAGAAAUCACAUAAACCUAGCCUAGAAAUCAAGACCAGAAGUGUACAGAAUGUAUCUGGACCAAGUAAAUCUAGUCUUGUAACUAUUUCCAGAGCUACAAAGAAUGUUUCUCCUCCCACUGAGGCAGAGAAUGUAAAAGGAACUGAAUUACAAGCUCAUUUUUCAGGCUCAGAUACACAGGAUAAAUCAGGAAAAUCAAUAUCUCGUUGCAGUUUACAGUCUGACAGUCUUGCUCAGAAGAUACUUACAGUGAAAUCUGCAGAAUUGGUAGUCUCAAGAAAAGGAAAAGACAUUGUGGUCACUAGGAAAAGUAAUUUGGAAUCCUUGCAAACCACAGGAGACAAAAUGCACAAGAGGAAACAAGAGGAGCAGCUUGACUCAGAGACAAUUCAGACUGCAGGAGAAAAAUUGACCGAAAGUGAAAGUGAAAAGAGACAUGAUGCCGAAUCAUUAUCCCAAGAGAGAGAGAGUGACAGUUUAAAGCUGAAAAUCAAAGAUUUGGCCCCAGAGGAGUGUGUUGCUGUAAAAACUUUAGUUGGAAUCUCAGAAAGCACCACAAAAAAGGAAAGUGUGUCAGGCAACAUUGGAGAAUCUCAUUUAACUUUAGAAAAGCCUUUAGAUCAUAGAAAGUCAAAGUUGAGAGAAGAGUCUCAUUCUGAUGCAUCCCCAUCAUGUAGCAUGCCUCAUAGAGACAUCCAAACGAGUGUGUUGAAGGAAGAAGAGGGAAACAAGGUAAGCUCAGAAGCUGAUGUCAGUAAGCUCCCUGCACUGGUGAAGAAUGCUAGCAAAGUUCAAGAUUCUCAUGUAGGGAACAAAAGCGAAAAUAUCAGUGUUAGUUGGACAAGACAACGGCCUGAAGAGAAGAUCAAACAGUAUGGCGGGAAGAUGAAGGAAGAUAAUAUGAAAUAUAGGAAGCGCAUUAAACAAAACCAAGAUGAAAGGCAGAAUGUUCCUCUGGGAAAGAGCAAAGAAGAGGAUAGUGCCAGAGGUAGGGAGAUAGACUUACCAGUAGUUGCAGGUGAGGAUGCAGGAGUUGACCUUGUCCAGCCACACAAAUUCAAGCUAUUCAGUAUGAGGGAUGAAGAGGAGCAUCCCCUCGAUUGUGAAGAGAUGUUCAGGAAAAUCCGUCACAAGGAGAAAAAGAAGGACCAGAAUAAAAAACUCUGGCAAAUGGUGAUGGCAGCUAAGGCAAGGGCCAAGAAAGAAGUGGAGAAGAGGGAUAGCGAUACCCCUUCUGAAGGAGCUCAGGUCAUAGCAGGUGAUGCAGGAGUCUCUGCAGAAGAGGUGACAAAGGAUCAUGUUCUUACACUUUGGGCAGGUGAAUCCAAGGAAACUUCCACCAAGAGAGAAAGGGCUUCUGCUGAUCAUCAAGGGAGUGAACAUGAGGAGAAACCUUUUUAUGCUAAAAGAGCCAAGAUUACACAGUGUGCAGGUGAGGAGAAUAAAGCCGAUGAAAUUAGGAAAGUGGUUCCUGGUUUAGAUCAAUUGAAAAGUAGUUCAGCAAACACUCCGUGCAGAAUCCCAGAUGAUGCUGGAAUGAGCUGUAGUGAAAGAACAUUAACUCCAAAAGAGGACGAGAUAGUGAGUCUAGAAAGUGAAGCCAGUGAAUCUCUGGACCCAGUGUCUGCAGCAGAGGUUGACCUCAUGACAACUCUGGAUCAGAAUGCAGUCAUGCGCGAUGCUACAACUUUUGGUGACCUAAGCUAUGAUUAUGAUCUACAGUGAUUGGGAGACGAAAAUGACAAUGGAUGUUCUUCCGAUCAUCGUUGUGUUAAAUGCGACCGUAGGUUCAUGACAGCUUCGGCUUUGUUGUCGCAUGACAAGUUCUGCUCUCUGCUGCAGAUGAGGCCCGACAUCCCUCCAGAGAGUCCCCUCAAUCCUCGCCUUCGGUCUGAGACUCCGGAGAAGAAGAUAGCCAUACAGAUCAGAAAAGACUACAAGAAGACCAUGGCCCAGUCCGGCUCUGGUGCAGCAGGAUGGGGAGAUGAGGA